AUGUCAACUUCUGAAUACUGUGUGUGGUAUGGUGGUUGCUCACGAACAAUUGAUGGCGAGGUGCGAUUCGAAGAUGAUUGGGUGCCUAUGGAUGAACAACUGGGUGCAGGAGAGCUUGAGGAGGUUAUUCGGCAAAAGGAGGCGCAUUUCAGUGCUGUGGUUCUUCAGAGUAUUGGUGACAUUCCUGAUGCUGAUUUGAAACCUCCAGAAAACGGGUUAUUCAUUUGCAAGCUUAAUCCAAUUACUGAGGACAGAGAUUUAAGAACAAUUUUUUCAGGCUCUGGAACUGUAAUAUUCACAAAGGUGAUGCGUAAUUUUAAAACUGGAGAUAGCUUAGGCUAUGCUUUUAUCGAAUUUGAAACAAAGGAGGUCUGUGAAGAAGCCUAUUUGAAUAUGCACAAUGCUUCCAUUGAUGGUCGGAGGAUACAUGUGGACUUUAUUCAGAGUGUAUCUAAGCUGUGGUCUGAAUACAGGCGUAAAGAGCAUCUAACUGGUAAAGGGAGAGGUUGUUUCAAAUGUGGUUCCCUUGAUCACAUGGCCAAAGAUUGCACUGGAGACCUUACUAUUAAAUCAGAAAAUCUAAAGUAUGUUCUAAAAGAUGGGAAUACCCAGCACGGUGAAAAUGAGAAUUAUGAGAAGGUAUUCGAUGGAGAGACCACUGAUGGUUCUGGAUGCGAAAAGAGAUGGGGAAAACGUGUCUCGGAUAAAGAUCCAAAGAAACGAAGGGUUCACAUAGAAAGUGAGAAUGACCUGAGAUAUAAAGGGCAGGACAGUAGGGACACGAGAAGUGAUGAAAGUAGCCAUGAUAAUAGAAGUAGAGGAAGAGAUAGAGAGGAUGAGAGCUCCCAAGGGAGUAGGCAUGGUGGAAGCAGAAGACUCGAGAAUGAGGAGUACGAGACAAGGGAGAAGUGGACAGGACCAGGAGUGUAAGAACUCUAAGAAUGAUGGAGUACUGACUGGUGACAAUGAUUACAGGAAUACUGAUAAAGCAGACAGGAGAAGCGAGAGUGAUAAGAGAAACAGAGAAAGUGACCGCGAUCAUUGGAGAACUGAGAGAGGAGUCAUGUGAGUAAAGAGAUCGUAAAGAAGAAGAACUAACAAAGAAGGAGAAUAGGAGAAGUGAUAGUGAUCGUAGAGAGUGAAUUGACUGUAGGAGGUGAUAAGAGAAGUGAUAGUGAUCGAGGUAAACAACAAAGACAGUGAAGGAGGCUGGAGGAAGGAUAGAGAUGAUAGAAAACAUGAUAAUGGCGAGGGAGGCAGAUAGAGGGACAGGGAUAGUAGAUACUGAAACAGUCCACACAAUGGGGAGAUUUAUGAGCUACUGAUUUUUGUUUCUAAAUAUACGCUUUAGUGAUGUAUGCUUGUAUUUGCCAUCCUUUCGUAUUUUACCUCAUAUAUGUAACUGCUGCAUUUUUCAGAAGCUUUCAUUAUCUGAAUAACUAUCUAGGACCGACUACAGUACAUUAUCUCAUGUGUGGAGGCCUUUUUGUAUGUGCCGAAUUGAGUUAUGUUAAGUACAGGAAAGACAAAAAAAAGCAGUGCAUAUCUA